GAUCAGAGCUAGUCGCAGCCAUCGCACACUUCGAUCGUGAACAAUUCGACUUUACAUAAGAGUCCAUGAAUUAUUAAUAAGUUCGUAAGAUGAACGAAUGUUAACGGUAGAUCUUGACUGUUAAACUCUUAAAACACUUUCGAACGUCAAGAUGUGUCGGUUUUUUCGUGACGACCUGGCUUAAAACGACCGUCAAACUUUUCAAACUUGCAUUUGUUAAUACGUUGUUGAAACUCUGCGUCAAAAUGACACCGUACGUCAACUUCAGUGCUUCGAGCUCGAAAAACAUUGGCAGUUCGAGACCCAUCUACAAAAACUUGUGUUUCGUCAGUGUAUUCUUCGCUUUCGUUAUAGGUCUUCUUCUCGGCAUCUUCUUGCCCUUGGUUUACUACAGGAACUCUUCUAAUUCCACCAGUUUACUACCUCCGAUCAACGAGACCUCAGAAAUACGCAGUGUGUUCUUAAGCAACAGCUUCAGUGCCAAAAAUCUGAGUGAAAUCAACAACUACCCUACGGUAUCCUUCGUGGAGAACUUCAAAGUUGUCGAAGAGAAGAACGAUGGAAAACUCAUACGAGACGGCAUCUAUUGGGGCGAAGCAGUCGAAAAAUCUCUUCCUGAUGGUUACAGAGAGAAAAAACACACCCUGUGGAGGAAUUACGUAGACAAAGCUGUAGCUGUUAAAAUGGAAGCAGGCUGUGGCAGGAUGCAAAACCGUUUGGUUGUCUUUCAAGACGGCCUCAAAGGUUGCGUCCGUUACAGACAAAACACUGAUCAAAUUCAAGGAGAACUCUUCAGUUUCUACCUUGCACAAAUCCUCAAACUUCCCAAUCUGGCACCAAGUACUGUCAGUAUUGUAGAUCUCAAAUCGCCUUUGUGGUCCAACUUACGCAAUGAAAUAGCAGCAGCUCAAUGGAAUUCCAACAGGGCUAUCGUGUUGACUCAGUUUAUAUCGAAUCUGGGCACAGCUAACAUCCCAGACGUCUUUAGACCCAUCGAAAGGCAUCUCAAUAAGUUCGACGUCCUCAACAUGACCAAAAACGAGAUACUGGAGGAAGAAGAUCUCACCAGGACACUUGUGGAGCUUGCACAGUGGUCUGACCUAAUCAUUUUCGACUAUUUAACCGCAAAUUUAGACAGGAUAGUCAACAAUCUUUACAAUUACCAAUGGAAUGCAAACAUAAUGGAAGCUCCGGCACACAACCUGGCCAAAAAAUCAGAUAGCGAAUUGCUAGUGUUCCUCGAUAAUGAGUCCGGUCUUUUGCACGGUUACAGGCUACUCAAGAAGUACGAAGUGUACCAUUCCGUAUUGCUGGAGAACCUCUGCCUCUUCAGGAAGCAGACAGCCGACGUGAUCCGGGAGCUGAGGACCAAAGGUAACGUCGGAAAGCUGUUGAAGGACAGGUUCGAAUCGCAAAAUAGUGCGGUGAUCAAAGACAUCCUGCCAACGUUGCCCGAGAAAAGUGUCAAAGUACUAAACGAGAGGAUCGAAAAGGUGUACGGGCAAAUAUCGAAGUGCGAGUCUAUGUACACGUAGUGGUGUUUUAGGAUCUUAUUCAAAUUCUCUCGAAUGUGACAUUCAGGAUGGUCAAGUAAGUAAAUCAACCGGAGGGACGUUCCUGUUUGGUUUAUGUUAAUUCCGAUGCUCGGAUCCUGGGUUCUGACAUAUGUUAAACAUCGACUAGACUACCUGUCUCUCUCGCCGACUAUUUUCGGUAUAAUUUUAUAACUUGUUCCUUCGUUCUGGAGCCGUUUAAUUUAUUUUAUUUAUUGUUGUUUUAAAUGUUGAUAGCUCUCUAUGUUCUACCUAACGAUUUGUAUUCGAAAUUUUUCUGUUUUCUUUGGAAAUGGUUAUUUUGGUGUUGAAGGUGUUCUCUUCAAUGGCAUCGCUUAGCAGCUGUUGGUUCCGAGAAGACCUCGGAAGGUCUUUUGUUAGAAUCACUGCUAGUGACACAUUUUAACGGCAGAUUCGGAACGCUUUUAUGAAUUGAAUGAAUGAAUGAUGGAGCACUUUAGGUGUGCCUCUUUGUUUAGGAAAUUCUUGUUGGAAGGUAAAAUAUUCAACAAUUCAAAUGAUACUAUUGAAAGAGAUCUUCUAACGAAAUUUAGAUUCAAAAAUCUUGAAAAUCAUUUCAAUGAUUCUUUGAGUUUGUUUCUGAUAAUUUUAUGUGGAAUCAAGAAUUUAUGAAUUGUAUUCUCUUCAGAACAGUGGCAUCAUUCACUUAAACAUUUAAGACUAAAAUAAGAGUUUUCUACUUCUCGAUUAAAGUUAAUCCAAAUCUAUUGAAGCAAUAUUCAUCAUUCGAAUAUUUCAAGAAAGUCAAAUUUAUGAUUCGUUCAAAAUUAUGCGAAUUAUUCAAAACAUAUUGCAGACUCCUAAUUCAUAUAACUUUCUUUGAAAAAUAGUUUUGCUUGUAAGAAUUCAAAAUGCGACGAAUAAUUCUAUACCCCUGAAAAAAAUUCAAAUUUUAUACGUGAUAGUUCAGUAACUACAAUAAUUAUAAGACGAAUUUGUGUUAUCGUAUUGAUUCAAAUCUGUCUGCCUAUACAUAUUCAACUAUGAUCAAGAAAUUCACAAACUGCUGAAUUAUUCAUUCCAUAACAAUAAUAUCAAUCAUAACAUUCAUUUACAAGAAAUUCGAACGGAAAGAUGAAAUAAAAAAAAACAGAAUAUACCUCCGAAAAUCGAAAUAAAUCACAGAACCCCAUAAUUCUCGUCUCCAUUGUGAAUCGUAUUCAUCGAAGCGGCCGUAAAUAACCACCAGCUGUUCUCAGAAUCUGUGUAUAAAGCAUUUCUGGAAUAUUAACAUCCAAUAAAAUGCGUGAAUUUAAGAAGUGACUACAGUUUGUACUCAUCUUUCGAAUGUAAAUUAAUUCAAAACGUUGAACAUUUGGAUGGAAAUGAUGGAUCGUAAGGCCGUUUAUCUCUUAGAAUCGUUUCAAAUGUGUAUUCGUCAGGUGUUUUCAAGUAACCGGCCAAUAUCUCCUGGUGAUAUCAACAUGCGACCAAGCGCGAAACUGAAAUUUUUACUUGUAGAUCCAAGACUCACGACUUCUUCCAAAACAAUGCAAAUACUUCACAUAUAUCAGGCUUAAGGGGUAUGUAGCGAUACGAAAUGAAUCACAGAGUGCAUCGAAUUGACCAAUAAGCUCGCAAAACGACAUUACUGAAUGAGGUCGUGAACUUAGUAUUGAAGAAAGUCGAAAACAGCUGUGAGCAGUGAAACUCGAUCAUAAAAGAAUUUUUCACUGUUAACGAUCGACCCUAAUAGAAAGCACAAUGGAAAUUGCGAAAGAAUCUGAUCCAAGACGAAAUCAUAAUCUGAUACGAUCGAUAAAGAUCUCCUUAACAAUAUGCACUAAUUUUUUUUUCAAUUCUAUUGUUGGCGAGCUUUAUUUAUGGUUAGAGCACUGAAUGUCUUUGGAGUUACAUAAGUUUGUUGAAAUCAUACAUUCAUUAGCUGAACAUAGAUGCAGGCUCUGCAAUAUCUACCAGCUAGCGAUGGAAAUUAAAUUUAUAGAAAAAAAAAAUUAUCAUUUGGGAAUAACAGAAAUUACUAAUUUAUUGUAUAAAUGAGUAUAAAACUAUAAAUCUUCAGUAAAACAGAAAAAAAAAAAUUCCAUGAGAAUAAAAUUAUACCUAUUCUCUAAUAUCGAAUUGAAAAAAAGUUCUCAUGCAGGUGAUAUCGAAGAUAUGGCUUUCUAUGAAACAUAAUUCCCAACACAGUUAUUAUAUUCUAUGGAAUACAUAGAAUUGGAUCAGAUUGACCAUUUAUGUGCUUUCUACUUCCGUCAGUCAUAAAUAUCGAUUGUCAUACUUUUACUUAAUUAAAGAACAACAGUCAUUCCAUUUCAACCGUUUAAAAUAGUUGUUUUUCUUAUCUAACGGCUACCCGUUCAUAUUAUCGUGGUUUUAUGUUUCAGAUAUGCAAUAGUCUAUGAAUAUUUUUGAUGGUAUUUGAAUUUUAAUGAAGUUAGAGAUAACAAAUAUAUGAAAGAUGGAAAUAAUUCCAAUGAGUGGUUUUAUUGAAUGUUGCUUGAGUGAGACUUUAUAAAUAUAGUGUUAGUUAGCACUGAGAUAUGUCGAUUU